AUGGCUACUGCAGAUGAUGAUUUGGACCCUUCGGUUUUCCUACAGCGCAUCCGUCAAUUGGGCGAGCAACGGGACCAAGAAGAUGCUGCCCGACUGGCCCAGCUUGAGAGCGACAUUCUACAAGGGCGCAGCGAGCGGCUGUUAAGGAGAGCAGAGCGUGCAAAGUCUCUGGCCUCUCCCUUAUCUACGCCCAAGUCUCUCUCCUCCGCAGCUGCGACACCCACCAAAAGCGAAGACACUGGUCCGGCCAUGUCUCAGUCGUCGGAGCCCGUCUCGGACAAACAACCACACAAGGACGAUUCGGGCGCCGCAAUGACUACACCUGCGGAGCCAACCAGACCCGCGUCGCCCAGCGCUGCUACUGUACCCACACGAACCGGCACACUCUCAUGGCAGCGACGGCCAACCUCUUCAGGUGGACGGAGGCCGCUCUCAGUUAUGGCUGCGGAGAACAAUGCUGCUCGAUCGCCCCGUCCAACGCCCGACACCACGGCGACAUCGGACGAUGAGAACGUCUCACGGGAUAAGAUCGCCCAAUCUCUCGGCGCAAGAGACCCCUCUUGGUUCAGACAAACGGCGGACAGAGGCAUUGGUUCGGCAGCGUACAGGCGCAACCAAGAAGAGACUGCAUCAGACACUGGCUCAACGUCAAGCAAGAGGCAGCUUCCUGGGAUGUCGCGAGAGCCGAUAUCAAACCCAGAAGGCGUUUCGAGUCCGCCACCGGACACCGCACGUUCUGAAUCGCCAUCCAGAGUCAGUUCGGUCAGAGGGAGCGCAAACUGGGACAACAGAUCCUCAGCCGAUAUAUCUAUGUCGGAUUACAGCAGGAUUGAAGGCAGGUCGCCGCUUCCCACCCUCGAAUCGCAGAAAUUCAGCCCGCCUGGCUCAGAUCAAGCGUCAACGGAUGGUGGAGAUAGGGCGAGCGUUGGGCGAACGCUCGCAAUGUCGCCCUCCCAGGGACGGAUAUCGCCUGAACGUAUGGACCGUCCUGCGUCACCUACCAAGGGAGCAGGAGGGUUUGUGCAAAGCGCAAUACUCAAGAGGUCAGACAGUGUCAACAAGAGAUGGAGUGCGCAGCCGCCCGGCCUUAGCCGGCAAAGCUCGACCACCAGCAAUCGAAGUUUUGGUGGCCUCACUGGAUCCAUGAGCAUGCCCAAGCUUGGUUCUACUCCGAUUGGCUUGACUCGUGGCAACUCUUGGGAACCCACCUCUCGACCCAGCUCAAGCCACAGCAACCUCAGCAGCUUAGCAGUCACGCAAAGUGCGGAGGGGAUGGAUGACCGGCUUGACAAGGAAGGCUUCGUCAAGCCAGCUCGCCCUCACCACAUGCGCGGACAUUCGGUUACCGCAGCUUACACGAGUACCCCUGGCGAAGCAUCCGGUCCAUUCGAGACUUCACCCCCCAGCCCUUCAAAGCGUUUUAGCCCUACAAAGUCCAGCUGGCUGGAGAACGCGCUGAACCGGCCUGAUUCGCCGAAGCCCCCGAAAGCGCCGCCACAACAGCCAGUGUGGAUGGCUGAGAUCAACAAACUCAAACAACAACGAAAUAGCGUGGAUCUAUCGCGCGUUGGUGGCAUCAAGGAUAGCUCACAGGGCACGAAACAGCAGUCCGAUACAGCUACUCCUACCAGGUCAUCAUCUAGUGUACGCCGGACUGGUCCUGAGAAGGAACAUCCGAUCAACAACGGGGCCUCUCAGAAGGAGGGGAAAGUCCAAUCUCCGCCAACCAAAAGCAAGCCAACAGCGCUUGCGACCAAACACGCAGACAGAAAGACAAGUGAUCCAGCAUUAAAAGGCGAUUCCGGACUCUCUGAAGCGACCGCGAAAGUCAGAGCACCAUCCCCUGCGCCAACGCAAAAACCUGAGCCGGCCCAAGAAUCUGAGCCCUUGUCGACAACUCCCCGGACAGCUAAGCCCGUUUCACAAGCCCAACCUCCCAAACCUAAACCCGAAACACCUCCCAAGCGAGACUUCCGGUCCACGUUGAAACCGCGGCAGGGCCCUGCUGAGUCCCAGAAGAAGGAAGAGCUCGAGUUUCAGAACGUGUUUGGAAAGCUGAAGCGAGCCCAAACUGAGAAAUACGUUGCACCAGACGAGUUAAAGGGUAACAUACUCCGUGGAAAAUCAGGGCUGGCGCAGAGCAUUGGACCUCAAAAGUCAGAGCGCAGAGACGAACUCAAAGACAGCUUAGUCAAACAGAAAGAAUUCAUGAAGACGAAGGCUGCCGAUGCGGGUCCCAUAGAAGCCAAGAAGACGAACGGAGAUGUCUCUACAACGACCCCACCGGAAGCGUUGGCAAAGCUCAAGAACCUUGGCCGAACAGACAGCACGUCAAAAUUUCCACCUCCGACGCCGAAUAAGACCCCUGAAGCUAUCGCACGAUCGACAAGCUUGAAAGAAACUUUGAAGCCGGCGCCACCCGCACAGCAGUCACAGGUAUCUGAGCAGCCUCAGGUCAAGGCAGCAGCAAGCUCGAGUACGCUUGCCGCUCGUUUCAAUCCUGCAUUAGCAGGAGUGCUAGCACGCGGACCAUCGCCAUUGGCCGGUGCUAGCACGUCAGGACAUACGCCAAUGGAACCAGGCGGCGCAACUGCCGAAAAAGCCAGCAGCCCGAUAGGAGAGGACAGCACUGUUUCAAAGGAAUUGACGCACAUGACCAAGGGCAGGGCAAAGGGGCCCAAGAGGCGUGCUCCGGCGACCAAAGCCGAUAGAUCAGAUCCUUCUGCAACCCUCUCCGUCAAAGCUGUUCCGCUAGUGAAGGCAAAAGAUAUCCUAGCAAGCUCUACUCCGGCCUUGUCCAAGCAAUCCACCAAUUCACGGCCUGCACCAGCAGCGGCAGCCGUUUCAACACCAGCGCGAGAGAUAGCCAAGCCGAAGCCAAUAACACCUCAGAAGUCGCCUUUGCUCGUCGAAAAGAUCAAGCCACCACAAGAACGUGUGGAAGAGCCUCCAUCCGUACAAGCUGUCACUCUCACAGUGACGCCACCGAAAGCGCCUGAGCUUAUACAAGCUGACUUAGGCGCUACAAAGCCCGAACCCCUCUUUUUCUCGCGCCCGAUGCCACCUAAAUCCACUGCCCCUUCCGAACGGCCACUCAUCUCGAAAAUCCGAAGACCAAGCGAAAGCGACUCGAUUCCAGCCGUGGAGAGACCUGCAUCGCCAGCGCCUAGCCCAGAGGAACCGAAGGUGUCCGUACGCAAUGCCGCUACUUUAUGGGGCCUGCAAUCAGCAUCCCCUUCGCCGCCCUCGACCCGCACGAAGUCUCCCAUCAAGCUACCGACGAAGCGAGAUGACCAAGUUCAGGGCGAGAGCGGUGAGGUUCGUCAUGAGUCUAAAGUCAAGACCGAACCCGUAGGUCUGGGUCUAGGUGGGUUCUUCGCGCCCGCCACGUCCCAGUUGGAGAAAGGCCCGGCCAUAAGUGAGCCAAAACCGACCAUCAACUAUCCGCUAUCUCCUCCAUUAAGCGCUGGCAUACCUCCAAAACCCGGCAAGAAGCCUGCUUCCAUCACCUCGAGGGAAUCCAGUGCUUCUCUAAAGUCGCCGCCACAAGUGACAUCUCCUAUACCGCACACAUCGGAGGCUGGUCAACUCUUCGCUGAUUUCUUUGACGACAGGCCGGUAACAACAGGUGGUCUGGAUGUCGAUGCCCAAGCCAUACUCAACUCGUCCAUGGGGCAAGCUGACAAGAUCAAGACGCUUCGGAAGCAUAUACAGGAAGUCGCUGGCGACGGGAAGCUGAUACCGGUGCCAGCACAAGAAGAGCACAUCCUAUUUGACAGUACAAUGUAUCUAUGCACGCACGUGUUUGGAUCAUCUAGCGGCAUUAAAACCACUGAAGUGUAUCUAUGGGCUGGCUCAGCAGUCGCCGAAUCGACACUGGAAGACGCUCAGCUCUUUUGCAGAAGAGUCGCCAAGGAGAACAACGGCAAGCUGAUAAUCAUCCGGCAAGGGAAGGAGCCAUCGAGUUUCUUCCAAGCGUUGGGUGGUAUAGUGAUCACUCGAACCGGCUCGCGAUCGGACAGACCACAGAAAUACAUGCUCUGCGGAAGACGCCAUAUGGGCCACAUCGCAUUCGAUGAGGUCGCCCUAUCGUUACCAAACUUCUGCUCUGGAUUUCCAUACAUAAUCUCCUCGCAGACAGGCAAGCACUACCUCUGGAAAGGCGUCGGAUGUGGCGCCGAGGAGCUCGGUUGCGCCCGCCUCAUAUGCAUGGAUCUCGGCGGCACCAGCGAAGUUGAAGAGAUCGACGAAGGCCACGAACCCGCCGCGUUCUUCGACCUCUUCCCGGCACUCGACAACGGCUCGAAAAGCAUCCCCCGGUCAGCCGAGCACUGGCGGCUCAAGGCCAAGAGCGAGAAGUACAACACGCGGCUGUUCCGGAUAGAGCAGCAUCAGCAGCAAAGCGGGUUCCAGGUGAGCAACUUCUUCGCCUCCAUCGUGAGGCGGCCCUCGUGGCAAAGUAUUCUCUCGCCAACAAAUGAUCGCCCGCAGACGCCUAGAACGCCAUCCACGCCGGGCGCGCCGCAGUCGAAGGUCGUGGAGAUUGCGCCGUUUUGUCAGAGCGACCUCGAGGCUGAGCAUGUUUAUGUGCUUGAUGCCUUCUUUGAGAUUUACAUCAUCGUCGGGGCGCUGUCUCGUAGUCAGUCCCAUGCCUUCAGCACCGCGCUGCUCUUCGCUCAGGAGUACGGCAUCCUCGCCGCAUCGCUUGAGGAUCGGCCGUUCGUGCCCGUGAGCACCGUGGUCAUGGAAGGCGUGCCUCGAGACAUGAAAGCAGUAUUUAGACGCUGGGAAGACAGGCUCAUGCCGACGAGCGCGCUGAUGGCAGGUAAGCCAAGGAGAGGGAAGAGCUUGCGGAUUGUGGGUCUGUCUGCUGCUAUUGCAGCAACAAGAACGUAG